AUGCUAUUCUUGGAGGACAGAGACGGAUUCAUUGGCGACGAUGUCGAUGGGUAAGUCAGUGCUGUCAUAGGAGCUCAUGCCUGAGACAGAGGCUAAACUUCCAUUUAGUCACCUCUAUUUUACAGAAACAACAAUAUCCAGUUUCACUCAGGAGGAAAGUGAAUCUUCUGAGGCAGAAAAGAUACUCAACCACCCAGUUGGGAAUGGCCAAGCCACGAUUGGUAUCAUUCAUAGCCCAAAAGCAGCCGUUUUAACAGCUGGUGGCUCUAAUAACGACAACUUGUUCAACUUGAACCCGACAGAUGAAAACUGUUUAAUAUGGUCUGGUUGUUUCUCACGACCAAAUGCAGACUCUUCAAUCAUCAGACCUGGGGAAGCCAAGAGGGAUGACUUUUCCACACAGAUGACGAAAACGAUCACACUUAUGAUCCCAAAAGAGGGGAUGUUGAACUGGUUGAUAAGGUGUUAG